GAAGGGGGCCUUGGCGUCAACACGUGAGAAAGAGAGGUGUCUGAAAAGAUCGAAACAGCCUGGUAUCUCUACCUCAGCCAGGACAUUAUUAUUCAUGUUUAAACCGAAAGAGACAUAAGAAGCCACUACAAUGCCCACAAUCACCCUGCCACCGAAAGAGAACGCGCUCUUCAAAAGAAUUCUGAGAUGUUAUGAACACAAGCAGUACAGAAAUGGUCUGAAGUUCUGCAAACAGAUCCUGAGUAACCCCAAGUUUUCUGAGCAUGGAGAGACGCUGGCCAUGAAGGGUUUAACUCUCAACUGUCUGGGCAAGAAGGAGGAGGCGUAUGAGCUGGUGAGACGAGGCCUGCGCAACGACCUCAAGAGCCAUGUCUGCUGGCAUGUGUAUGGCCUGCUACAGCGCUCAGAUAAAAAGUAUGAUGAGGCCAUCAAGUGUUACCGUAACGCUCUGAAGUGGGAUAAGGACAAUCUGCAGAUUCUCCGAGACCUCUCCUUGUUGCAGAUCCAGAUGAGAGACUUGGAAGGAUACAGGGAGACUCGGUACCAGCUGUUACAGCUCCGUCCAGCCCAACGAGCUUCCUGGAUCGGAUAUGCAGUGGCUUAUCACCUGUUAGAGGACUUUGAGAUGGCUGCGAAGAUUGUUGAGGAAUUCCGCAAAACACAACAGACGUCGCCUGACAAAGUGGAUUAUGAGUACAGUGAACUGCUGCUGUAUCAGAACCAGGUCCUAAGGGAAGCCGGGCUGCACAAGGAGGCCCUCGAUCACCUCAACAACUACGAGAAACAGAUCUGUGACAAGCUGGCUGUGGAGGAGACCAGAGGAGAGCUGCUGCUAAAGCUGGAGAAACCUCAGGAGGCUUCAGAGGUCUACAGAAGACUCCAGGAAAGGAACCCAGAAAACUGGGCCUACUACCAAGGCCUGGAAAAGGCCUUAAAGCCAGGCAGUUUAGAGGCGCGGCAGAAGAUUUAUGAAGCGUCCUGCAUAAAGUUUCCUAAAGGCCUCGUUCCCCGAAGGCUGCCUCUCAACUUCCUCACUGGGGAGAGGUUUCGUCAGUCUCUGGACAGCUACCUGAGGAUCAACUUCAGCAAAGGCUGUCCUCCCGUCUUCACCACCCUCAAAUCCCUUUACAACGACAAAGAGAAAGUCACAGUUAUUGAAGAAUUAGUAGUUGGCUAUGAAACCUGUUUAAAAAGCUGUCGAAUGUUUAGUGAAAAUGAUGAUGGGAAGGAGGAACCCCCUACCACCCUGUUGUGGGUACAGUAUUUCCUGGCACAGCACUUUGACUUCGUUGGCCAGCCACGCCUGGCUCUGGAGUUCAUUAAUGCAGCCAUCGACAGCACACCUACGCUCAUUGAGCUCUUCCUCAUCAAAGCCAAGAUCUACAAGCAUGCAGGCAACAUAAAAGAAGCAGCUCGGUGGAUGGAUGAGGCUCAGGCCCUGGACACUGCAGACCGCUUCAUUAAUUCCAAGUGUGCCAAGUACAUGCUGAAGGCUGGCCUCAUCAAGGAAGCAGAGGAGAUGUGCUCCAAGUUCACACGAGAAGGCACGUCGGCAGUGGAUAACCUGAACGAGAUGCAGUGCAUGUGGUUCCAGACAGAAUGUGCCUUGGCCUACAAGGCGAUGAACAAGUACGGAGAGGCCCUGAAGAAGUGCCAUGAAAUUGAGAGACAUUUUGUGGAGAUCACUGAUGACCAGUUUGACUUCCACACCUACUGCAUGAGGAAGAUGACGCUGCGCUCCUACGUGGACCUGCUGAAGCUGGAGGAUGUCCUACGGCAGCACCCAUUUUAUUACAAAGCUGCUCGCACUGCAAUACAGAUCUACCUGACCCUGCACGACAAACCUCUGACUGAUGACAGCAAGGAGAGCCAGGCAGACACGGAAAAUCUGACAGACAAGGAGCUGAAGAAACUGCGCAAUAAACAGCGAAGAGCACAGAAGAAGGCCCAGUUAGAAGAGGAGAAGAAGAACGCAGAGAAGGAAAAGCAGCUCAAGAACCAGAAGAAGAAGAAGGAAGAUGAUGACGAAGAGAUUGGAGGGCCUAAAGAGGAGCUAAUACCAGAUAAACUGGCCAAGCCGGAGAAUCCUUUGGAUGAAGCAGUCAAGUUCUUGAUCCCACUUAAGAACCUGGUGCGGAAAAAGGUUGAGACUCAUCUGCUGGCUUUUGAGAUCUACUUCAGGAAAGAGAAGUACCUGCUGAUGCUGCAGUCCAUAAAGAGGGCUGUUAACAUAGAACCUUUGAAUCCAUGGCUGCAUCAGUGUCUUGUCCGCUUUUUCAAAGGAGUGAGUGAGAGCACGGAUCUGGCAGAGGCAGUGAGAACGGUGCUGAAGCAUGAGAUCUCCAGGCUGUUUGGAGACAGCAGUCCUCAGAGCUUCAACAAGAACUACCUGAGCCAACACUCCAACUCCAUCCCACACAGACUGGCUGCUGCUAAGGUGAUGGUUUACCUGGAGCCGUCUUCUGAUAAGAUGGCGUGUGAGAUAGCUACAGCGCUGGACGAGUCGCUGGCUGGACGAAGCAUUCAGAUCUGUACCGAGGUCCUGGAGUCUUUGCGUGACGGCCAGCUAGGUGAGGGUCAGCAGAAGGCGGCUGAGGCCUAUCGAGCUGCCUGCCAUAAGAUCUACCCCUACAGCCUGGCCUUCAUGCCGCCUGAUUACCAAGACAACAGCACCAUAAUCAGCUCUAAUGGCGACCUGUCGGCAGGCGAGCACGAUGACAUUGCGAAUGAAAUGUGAGACGUGAUGAGGAAGAGAAGCGAGCAUGUUGCCACACGCCGUAGCCCCUCCCAACAAAAAACAAACUCCUGGGUUUUGGCUGCUUCAGACUCCCCGACAUUGCACUGAACUGGAUGGACUGAGUGCCACAGGAGACGCAGAGAACUUUUUUUAAACAAAACAACGUACUGUUGUUGAGUACAUUUAAAAAAGAAAAACAUGAAUACGUUUUGGGAGGCUUGAAAGGAUUCUGGGAGAAGUGGACCUUCGCUGGGUAAAUGGCUUCUGUAAACACAGUCUAGGUUUUUUAUAACUCCUGUGUUUUCAUGCCAUGUUCUUCUUGUUGGUGCAUCUGCUUCUCAGAUUUUUAAAAGUAAUUUAUAUAUUACAAACUGAUGGAUUAAUAAAACAAU